AUGACUUCAUCACCACCAGCCUCAAAACCGGCACCCAAAUCAAUCCUCAAGAAAACCACCCACCAACCCGGCUUUUCCCAACUGCCAGAAGAAACGCAUCAACAGCAUGCAAACAGGGACUACGUCCCCCCGGCACUCCUCCCCGUCUCCAUCCCCGACCUCACCUCGCUACCGCGCGAGCAGCAGCUCGCCCACGAACAAGCCCUCCUCCUGCAACGCUUAUCCGCCACCGAGCUCAAGCCCACCAUCCCUCUCGAGACCAUCGAGCUGUUAUCCAGCUUCCCCACCCUGCGCUCUCCUGCCCACCUCCACCCUCACAAUAACCUCCCCCUUUCGGCAAGCAACCCUUCUCCCCAGGACACCGCCCAGUUCCUGUCUUUAAUCAAGGACUUCACGCCCACGGAAUACCUCGAGUUAAUCGAGGAGCGCAACUGCUUGGGCGCAUGCGGCUAUGUGCUCUGUCCGAGGAAGAAGAGGAAUUACGAGGGGGAGUACAAGAUCAUCAUGCGGACGGGCAAUAUUGCGAAAACAGAAGAUCUGAAUAAGUGGUGCAGCGACGAGUGCGCGGUUAGGGCGCUUUACGUAAAAGUGCAGCUGGAUAAUCCGAGUUACGUGACGGAUUUGGAGACGGGGAGGAGGGUGGUCAAGGUUGAGUUGAGGGAGGAGAAGAAGAAGAAGCUGGCGGCGGCGGCGCAAGAGAAACAGACCGCAGAGGACAAGGCCAAAGGCAAGGCGACAAGCAUCAAAGAGGCGGAGGAGAAACUGGCGUUUGACCUGGCGAGACUGGAUCUCAACAGAAAGACCGAGAUUGCGGAUAAGGCUGCGCAGAUGCAAAGAGACGCUGACGCUUUGGCUGUUGAGAGAGGCCAGGGCGGCGGUAAACUUGAUAGGCUGCUGGCCGGUCAAGGUGUUGACGUUACAAUCCGGGAGAAGCCAACGACUGGUCCAGCAAAGGCACCCGAUCACACGAAGCCGUCUUCCACGUCUCGGAAGAAGGGCUCUGCUGAAGAUGCUCACCAUAUGGUUGAAGGUCAUAAGCCUACGUUCGGCACUGGUGCCAAGAAGCAGGAGACUACGAAGAAGGAUGACAGUGAGAGCGAAAGUGAAGAGAGCGAUGAUGAUGAUAUUAAUGACUAUAUGUCCGGACGCAUCCAAAUAACGAUGUAG